AUGGUUCAGACCAGUUGGAUCUUAUCGUUGGUUACUUUCGUGACUGCUAUCAAUGCAUUUCCUCAACAGCGUCUCUUGACCAGGCAAAGUGACAAUGUUCCAAGGCAGUAUAACGUAGUGUACGGCUUUUUCCAGCAGACAUCUCCAGAUACCGAGGAAAACUUCGACAUAGACGGAAAUAACUUUGGACUUUAUUCCAAUAUCUCGUGGAGUGAUGUAACCGACAAAAUUGAAGCAUUGAACGAGAAAUCAGAAGACAAAAAAUACAAGUUGAUUUUUGCUGCAAGACAUGGUGAAGGGUACCAUAACGUUGCCCCUGAUAUGUACUCCGCGGAAGACUGGGAGUGCUACUGGCAAAUCCAGGAUGGCAAUGGUGAAAUCGAAUGGUUUGAUGCUUCUCUCACUCCCAAUGGAGAACAGCAAAUUGAAAAAUUGAGUGGACAAUGGCAGGAACAGCUUAAGAAAGGAACUCCGCUCCCACAAUCGUACUAUGCCUCGCCAUUGAGAAGAACGUUGCAGACUUUUGAGCUCACUUGGACCAAUGUUUCCAAAUUUGACCAUAACGAUAAAUACAAGCCAUUGGUGAGGGAGGUUGCUCGUGAAACCUAUGGAAUAGACUCUGAGAGCAGGAGACAUGACAAGGAGUUCAUUGUAAAGAACUGGCCGUUUGUACAACUUCCAAGUGAUUUCAGUGACCCAGACCCAUGGUGGUCGCCUAAAGAGAGAGAGACUGGUCAGCAUCGUGAUUAUCGUGCUGAAUUGUUCCUCAAUGACGUAUUCACCAACGACAACAACCAGGUCAUUUCAUUGACAACUCACAGUGGUUUCAUCAAGUCGUUAUUGAAGGUUGUAAACCACAGAAAAUGGAGUAUGCCCACAGGAGCAAUGAUUCCCUUGAUUGUGGAGGCCAGUGACUUUGGGCCUUUUGAAAAGCCCGAUCUCGACAAAAAAUGGAGUACACUUCCCGAUAAGUGUAAGAACUACAAGCCCAGUUGA